AGAAAUAGGUCAAUAUUCAUAAGCUCGAUAUAAAAAUGCUCUGGCUGCAAUGAACAGAAGUCGAGUUGAGAGUAAGCAAACCUAGUAAACAUGCGUACGGCAGUGCUGUUUCUACUCUUUGUCGUGGCUUGCGCCAUGGUCAAAGAGGCCAAUUCGGAACCAGGAUUUUUUGAGGAUAUCUUGUAUCACUGCCCAUUGUUAAGCCAUUUUUUCUCAAAGAAAGACUGUUGCUGUGAUGAUGACCACAGUUGUUGCACUACCACUACCACCACCACUACGACUACUACUACUACUACUACUACACCUCCCGGUGGGAAGAGAAGAAAGCGCUGGGUUAUUACAAAUUAUUACAACAACUCGUCAGAUAUAGCAAAGCAAAAUGCAACACGAAAUGACAAACAAACAUGAGUUUAUAAUGAAUAUAUUUGAAUAUAUAUAAUAUGACGACGAUGAAUAAUGCAAUGUACAUAUAAACAUGCUAAUAUCAGAUUCUGUCUAACAAAUGGCUAAAUAUUUUCGUAAAAUCUAGGAAAUAUUAAUACUCUUAUCUUUGAUAUAUUCUUUGAAGAUAAUAUUAACU